AUGCGACAUUUGCGCCCGCGUUAUGGCUUCGCUGCCGAACUUAUCUUCCAAUAUUCCAAACCGAUAAACUUCGCCCGGCCAUUCUCCAGCUCACAAGUCAACAAUGACCUGACACCGUUCACCCGGCGGCUCUUCAAGCUGCCUACCGCACCCCCAACACCAACCCAAAACCAUACCAACCUGACCACCUUCCUGUCCUACGCUAAGCGUAUAUCCCUCCCCGAAGCAAGCACCGUCUACGUAGGCACGCACUACGAAUACACGGUCCUCCAAAGCCUACGACGCUAUGCGCUCUCCCUCGAGCGGAUCGGCGGCCGCGAUGACGCCGGCAUCGACCUAGUAGGCACUUGGCACCUACCGGAGCGCGAGCGGGAACGGGCAGUUCGCGUCUUGGUACAGUGCAAGGCACUCAAAAGCAAACUUGGGCCGAACCUGGUGCGCGAGCUCGAAGGCACGUUCCGCCAGGCGCCUGUCGGAUGGCGCACGAACCAGACGGCGGGAAUACUGAUUAGCCCGCGCGAGGCAACGAAAGGGGUUCGGGACGCGCUGGCGCGGAGCUCGUAUCCGUUAUUUUGGAUGAUGAUGGAGCGGGAUGGAACGUUGAAGCAAGUGCUCUGGAAUGCACGGGCGGAGAAGCUUGGGCUAGGACCUCUGAGUGUGGAGACGAGGUAUGGGAUGGUGGAUUCUGAGUCGGGAGCUGUCACGAAAGAGGUCGCUCUGACUUGGAAUGGAAAUGACAUCCCACAUAUGGACCAGGUCGAGCAAGACUUGCUCCGUUUGGAGAAUCAGUGGGUGGCAUCUUGGGGAGCUCGUUUGUCCGGUGUUGAGAAGGAUGUUCUUUUGGAUGCGGUGCAAAAUAGCUUCCCUGAUGGGCAUCCAGACCCUGGACCAAAUGGCGUGAUGUCUGAAUUGGAUCAGACAAAACUUCUGCAUGAACUACGAAAACAUUGA